AGUGGAUCACACAUCAACAUGAGAGUGCAACGGAUACCACUGCUGCUCCAGUGCCCACAUCUACUGCUGAUGGCCCUCUGUGCCACAAGCAUCUGCCUUUCGAUGGGCCACAGCGAUGAGAUCGUGAUGGUGGAGGACAUCAUCAAGGUGGAGGAGACUGGGCAGCCAGAGGACAACAGCAGCACCAUUGCCCUGAUCACCCUGAGCGAAUCCGGCAGCGAUGAGGCCGAGGACAAGGACGAGAGUAGCCAAUCGAAUGUUUCGGAUGAUCUGAUAUUUCUCUCCAACAAAAACAAAAGCCAGAGCCAGCUCUCAGAAGACACGUCCACCUCCGAAGAGCAGUCUGCAGAGGAGCAGCCGCCAGAGGAGAGCCCCGCCGCCCAGCCCAUCGAUCUGAGUGCCUUUGUGGCUCUGAUCCCGGCCCGAGAGGUGCAGUCGAUAGCCAGCCACUACUACCACCAUGAUGCGGAGGUGCAACGGGCCUAUGCCUUCCUCUCCACUAGCUUCGUGGCCAUCAAGCACCAGAUGCUGCAGCUGCCAGAGGUCCUGGCCUUCACCCGAUACCUGAAUGCCAGCGGCUUGGAUGUGCUCAAGAUAAUGGAUUCCCUGGCGAAGGCCAGCAAGCCCUCGUCUCUGGACUUGCCCACCAAUUCAGCGGCUGCCAAUGCCAGCGAUUGGGGGAGCACCACUACUAGAGAGCCACUCAACGGCCUGCACGGGCUGGUGGACAGCAUCCUGGACGUCCUGCCGCAGGACCAGCUACUGGCCACCUUCUUCGACAAGACCGAAAGCGACAAGCAGUUCGCGGCCCUCGUCGACAGCAUCGGCACUCCCAAGUUUGCCAAAAUCCUCAGCAAUCUUCAGAACUCUGUGCCGCUGCGUAAUCUAAUCUUUGUGAUGCACUCCAACGGCAUCUACGUGGAACGGAUUGUGGAGUCUCUCAAAUCGUACUUUUUCCUCGCUAGCUUCUAGCCUCCCUGUGAAAUAAACGAAACGAACCCCCAGAA